AUGAAUAAUAAUGGCUUUAUUGUUUAUAUUAUUGGUACAACAGCAGCAGGGAAGGCAAACUUAUCUUUAAAUUUGGGUCUCGAUAAUUAUGAGAUAAUAUAUUGUGAUUCUAUGUAAAUUUAUAAAGAUGCAAAUAUUAUGACUGCAAAAGUUACGGUUAUAGAACAAACAAUAAAAAUGCAUCAUGGAAUAGAUUUAUUAGAAUUAGAAUCUGAAGGUUUUAAUCGUAAAUAAUGGAAACAUAGUAAGAACUUUUAUUAGCCCUAUUUUAGUAACAAUUAACAAAAUAGAAGAGAUAUAAUCUAAAGGAAAGAUUCCAGUUUUAGUUGGGAACACUCAUUAUUUUAUAGAAUCAAUAUUAUUUAAUUAAGAAACUGAAGAAAAUUAAAUUUAAUAAGCAGCUGAAUUUCACUUAGAUGGUAAGGAGCCUUUUGAAUAUUUAAAAGAAAUUGAUCCAUUAGCAGCUUUAAAAUUUCAUCCAAAUGAUCAUAGAAGAAUUUAGAAUUCUAUUAAAUAUUACCAAAAUAUAGGAUAAUUACCAUUUGAUUAACUAGAUCAUAAUUCAGAGUAAUUUAAAUUAAGAAGUAAUAACUUCCUAAUAAUUUGGCCAAAAUGGAGAAAAAAUGAAGAUUUAAAGAUUAAAGUAACUGAAAGAAUAUAUGAAAUGAUUGAAAAAGGAGGAACAGAAGAAAUAUUAAGAAUAUUUGAAAGAUUAGAGAAUAAAAAGAAUAAGGUAGGUGGAGUAUUAAAAGGCACCGGGUAUUGUUAAUUCGAAAAAGUUUAUUAGUAUUAUAAAUAAUCAGGACUUUAAUAUCCUAAUGUUGAUGAAAAUUUUUAAGUGCUAUUGAAAGAAGGUGCUGAAAAACUAAUAAAUGAUACAAUGAAGUAUACGAAGAAAUAUAUUUAAUGGAUAAAAAAUAGAAUUCUUUGUAAUUCAAAAAUUGAUAUUAUUGCUAACAGAUUAUUUUUACUAGAAUUUGAAUCAAUUCAGACUUUUCAAGAGUAGGUAAUAAUCCCAGCUUAAAAGAUAUUUAAUUUAUUUUAUCAAUAAUUUUAAGAUGAUUAAUUAGGGGAUGAAUAGUUUAAAAUUAGCUUAUAAAAUUUAGGGAAUAUUAAAAUUAUUACUCCUGAAAUGAUAGAGAAGUAUAAAUAAAUACAAAAAUAAAAAUCAAGAACNCUAUGUAAAUUUAUAAAGAUGCAAAUAUUAUGACUGCAAAAGUUACGGUUAUAGAACAAACAAUAAAAAUGCAUCAUGGAAUAGAUUUAUUAGAAUUAGAAUCUGAAGGUUUUAAUCGUAAAUAAUGGAAACAUAGUAAGAACUUUUAUUAGCCCUAUUUUAGUAACAAUUAACAAAAUAGAAGAGAUAUAAUCUAAAGGAAAGAUUCCAGUUUUAGUUGGGAACACUCAUUAUUUUAUAGAAUCAAUAUUAUUUAAUUAAGAAACUGAAGAAAAUUAAAUUUAAUAAGCAGCUGAAUUUCACUUAGAUGGUAAGGAGCCUUUUGAAUAUUUAAAAGAAAUUGAUCCAUUAGCAGCUUUAAAAUUUCAUCCAAAUGAUCAUAGAAGAAUUUAGAAUUCUAUUAAAUAUUACCAAAAUAUAGGAUAAUUACCAUUUGAUUAACUAGAUCAUAAUUCAGAGUAAUUUAAAUUAAGAAGUAAUAACUUCCUAAUAAUUUGGCCAAAAUGGAGAAAAAAUGAAGAUUUAAAGAUUAAAGUAACUGAAAGAAUAUAUGAAAUGAUUGAAAAAGGAGGAACAGAAGAAAUAUUAAGAAUAUUUGAAAGAUUAGAGAAUAAAAAGAAUAAGGUAGGUGGAGUAUUAAAAGGCACCGGGUAUUGUUAAUUCGAAAAAGUUUAUUAGUAUUAUAAAUAAUCAGGACUUUAAUAUCCUAAUGUUGAUGAAAAUUUUUAAGUGCUAUUGAAAGAAGGUGCUGAAAAACUAAUAAAUGAUACAAUGAAGUAUACGAAGAAAUAUAUUUAAUGGAUAAAAAAUAGAAUUCUUUGUAAUUCAAAAAUUGAUAUUAUUGCUAACAGAUUAUUUUUACUAGAAUUUGAAUCAAUUCAGACUUUUCAAGAGUAGGUAAUAAUCCCAGCUUAAAAGAUAUUUAAUUUAUUUUAUCAAUAAUUUUAAGAUGAUUAAUUAGGGGAUGAAUAGUUUAAAAUUAGCUUAUAAAAUUUAGGGAAUAUUAAAAUUAUUACUCCUGAAAUGAUAGAGAAGUAUAAAUAAAUACAAAAAUAAAAAUCAAGAACUAGUUGGAAAAAAUAAGUUUGCGAAUUAUGUAAUAAAACAAUGAAUGGGCCAUUUGAAAUAGAAUAGCAUUUUAAAUCUCGUUUUCAUAAAAUUAAUGUUUUGAAAGAUGAAUAAUUGUAAAAGAAAAAAUAAAAGAUUGAUUGA